AUGAAUCUACUACCCAAACCCCCGGAUCCCUUCAUUGACGCCAGUAUGGACAGAAUGGCCAUACCACGUGCCGGUCCCCUACCGCCGCCAGCAACUCGUCGACGAGUCGGACGCGCCUGCCAGGCAUGCCGCGAUCGCAAGAUCCGUUGUGAUGGUAAUAAAACAAGCUGUAAGCAAUGCUUGGACACGAGUGUUGCUUGCAAUUAUCCACCAAACCGGCGCGAGAAAGACAAGGACGAGUUUCAGGACCUCAAGAUCCAGAAUGAACGGUAUUACACUUUGCUGGGGAAGGUUGCGGAGAGGGCUGGUUGUAUUGUAAAGGAUAUUGACCAGAAAAGAAAACGUCCCCCCGACCAUGGUCGCAAAGAAAGCUUCUCGGUCUCAUCAGCAGAGUCCCUAGACGCCCUUGACGUUGUCGACGAAAACACCUAUUUAAAUGAAGAAAAUAGAGCAACCGGGUUUGUAGAAAAAAGCUCAGAGGUACCUUGGCUACAGAGUUUGGAUAUUGAAGCUGAGAGAGUUAACCAUCCAGGUCAUACAAGCGCCAAGAGGAACGUUUCAGGAACAACGCGCGACAAUCACAUCGCCUCCGAGUCGUACCAUACAAAUGAACGGCCUAUGGCUGAAUGCGAGCGAUUGAACCCGUAUGACCUACCGCCGAAACACACGGCCGACGCGUACUACAACACAUAUUUCAACUUCGUUGACGUCCAUUUCCCCAUCGUUCGGAAAUCACUCUUCACGGUGCAAUAUGAGCGGUAUUACUCAAAACCCUUCCUCAAACCGGGGAAGAAGUGGCUUUGUGUCUUGAACCUGAUUCUUGCUAUCGCAUCUCGUCACUGUGCGUCUGUUGGAAAAGACGUGCCCGAUGGAUCCGAGGAUGAGAUAUUCUUUUCCAAAGCGAAAAUGCUCAGUGCAAAUGAGAACAUCAUCUAUGACCAUCCAGACCUACAGCAGGUACAAAUUGAAGCCUUGUUAGCCUUCUAUUUCUUGGUGCAAUCACAAGUCAACAGAGCAUGGCAAAUGAUACGCAUUGCAUCGAGCUCAGCAAUUGCUCUUGGAAUCAACAUGCACAAUGUGAAUGACAAGACUGACGCAGUAUCCAAAGAGUCACGGUGCCGUCUUUGGUGUUCAAUAUUCAUGCUCGAGCACUCCCUCACGACUAUGACCGGCAGGGCCUCAAGCUUAGGUGAAUCGUUCUCUGUACAUGCGCCUAUCCCGUUCACUGAAGACUCGUUCUCAGUCAGUCCCGCAUCUUCUUUUCUUAGUAAUGAAUCGGAGCGCGAGAAGAUCGCAAACUGGACUUUAUUCGAAACUGAGUUACAGACGAAAAGCCGGACUCUGCGACUCCAAUCUAUCAAAUCAAACCCGUCACUCUACUUCACCUAUCAGAUUGACCUGUCACUAAUCGCCAGUACCAUCACUAGUCGUAUCUACGGGGUCCAUGCACGGCGGGAAGGAUGGGACCAGGUAGAAAACGCAAUCAAACUAUACUCCCAAAAGCUGAAAAAUUGGGCAUCUACUAUCAACAAUUUAUUUGCUUUCUCUGAUAAUGAUGGAGAGCUACUCUGCGGCCCUUCAUCACGCGAACAAGCCAGCCUCGCCCUGCACUUCUACAGCACUUGCAUCCUUACCUAUCGUCCAUGUCUCUCACGUCCAGGACUCUCGGAGCACAGUGGUAUACAUUUUCCUAGGAGUCGUUUUGGGAACGAUACAGCACUCUCCUGUGUCCGGUCCGCACUUUUACUCCUUGCCGUCCUACCAGACGAGCCCGAUAAGGAAUGGUUCUUUACAGUAUCACCAUGGUGGACGAUGCUAUAUUUCAUCAUGCAAGCAUCAACUGUCCUCCUCAUCCAUCUCACAGUAGGCCCCGUGCACAUAAGAACAGAACAUGGCCACGAAGAACAACCAGAAGAAUGCCCACACCCCACUGACAUAGUACUCCCCAGCUGCAAAAAAGCUCUCCGCUGGCUCCACCACAUGGCGAAUUACGAUCUCACCUGUAAAAAUGGCUUCAAUCUUUCUGUCAGUUUCUUCUAUCGCGUUGCAUCGUCCAGGGACCUCGAUCUCGAAGGCGUGCCGCUUCCAAUGUCCUUGCCGCUGGAUGAGUCGAGUGGUUCUCGACGGUUAUUUACCACACAGCCGGCUUCUGCAAGUUUGAGACAUGAGGGCUUUGGAAGUAGCUCAACGACUUCUGUGCCUGGAACGGCGUGGCUAAGGGAAUUGUUUCCACCGGGUCUUGUGCAAGAGCCGGAUAUGGCUUGGUUUUCUUCUAUUGCAGAUUUACCAGAGCUGCACAGGACAUGA